CGAGAGAAGAACCGUAAAGAUUUAAGAUGGACCAGCGAUUGGGUUCUUAUUUUAGGGUUUCUAUGUCGAGCUCCGCGAUGAAUGAAUCCAGGCUCCACGAGAAGAGCGUCGAGGAGCUCCGGAAGCUCUUGUCGGAUAAAGACGCGUAUGAGAGUUACCUCCAUUCGAUCGAGGAGGUGAAGCAACUGGAUACGGUGAGCGUGGUUCCUUUCUUCUUGGCUGGAUCCCUUCUUAUUUGGGAAUUUUGGCAGCUUCGGAACGAUUUAAGAAAGAGCAAUGUGAACCUCGCAAGACAUAAUUUGGGGAAGGAGUCCGAGAUGGCUGAGCUUAGAAACCAGUGUAUGAUCAUCAGAACGACCGAGUUGGCCACAGCACAGGAGAAGUUUUCAGACGCUCAGCGGCGAGAGAAAGAGAUCCUGGCGAGGAGCUCGCCAGCAUCAAUCUUAAACAAGCUACAAGAGGCAGCCAACGCGGCGGACGACGAAUCGGAAAGCUUACACCACAAGCUACUGAGCGGCGAGCUUGAGUUCCCGGAGUUUCUCCAAAAGUAUAGGCAGCAAAGGGUUCUCUAUCACCGAAGAACUUUGCUUCGCCUGGCCGCUCUGGCCGGGUGAUCCAUCUUAGAGAUCUCAUAGCGCUGCGCACUGGUAUCUUCAAUUUAAACCCUUUCGCCGAUUAACAGCC